AUGCUCGCGGAGACUGCUGACCGUAUACUCGAGUACUACCAGCCUCCUGUUACGGUUAACGUCGCCAGUCGAAGCACAACUGUCCCCACAAUCGAGGAUGUCGUCAAACGCCUGGAUGCCCUCACUCUCGAAGUUUCCCAGCUCCGGGCCACUCGCGUCUAUAACCCUCGUAGUCCUGCAAUUUCUCGCCGCCCGAGAUCUCCCACUCCAAACAAACCUACAGCUGAUGGUUUCUGUUGGUAUCAUCACAAUUAUGGUUUUAACGCCCAUCGCUGCCACUCUCCGUGCAAAUAUAAAACACCCGCGUCGGAAAACUCCCCUGCCGACCAGUAAGGACGACGAACGUGGUCGGCACAUCCUCUCCCAGUCGCUUACUCCACAUUUAUGACAGGACUUCCUGUCGUAAUUUUCUCAUGGAUACUGGUGCGGCGAUCAGUCUAAUCCCACCCACCUUGACUGACCGUAAGUCACCAAAUUCUUCAUUUUUCCUCCAAGCAGCUAACAAUACUUCUAUUAAAACUUUUGGUCAACGAUCCCUAACACUAGAUUUGGGUCUAAGACGUUCAUUUCGUCGGCUAUUUACUAUCGCUGAUGUCCAUACUGCCAUUCUUGGCGCUGAUUUUAUAUCCUUUUUCGGUCUCCUCGUUGACAUUAAGUCCCAUAAAUUAAUUGAUCCUAAGACUUCUUUACAUUGUAAUUGUUCCACUCGUACCCUUUCAUCACCUAAUCCACGCAUUUCAACAAUCCCUUCGUCUACUCCCUAUCAUCGUUUACUUUCGGAAUUUCCAUCUAUCACUCGACCUUCACAAUUUAACCAACCUAUCAAGCAUUCUGUUGUACAUUAUAUUUCAACUACUGGACCACCCGUGUUUAGCCGUCCCCGUCGUUUAGCCGCCGAUAAGUUAGCCAUAGCCAAGGCUGAAUUCAGUCACAUGAUGGAGCUAGGCAUAGUUAGGCCUUCCACUAGUCCAUGGGCUGCACCUCUACAUAUGGUGUGCAAAAAGUCUCUCGUUGACUGGCGCCCAUGCGGGGAUUACCGACGGUUAAACACCUCCACUGUGCCUGACAGGUAUCCACUUCCCCAUCUCCACGACUUUUCAUCUAGCCUAGCUGGAGCGACAAUAUUUUCCAACAUUGUCUUAGUCAAAGCCUUCCAUCAGAUACCCGUUGCUCCAGAAGACACUCCCAAAACGGCGAUUACAACACCGUUCGGUCUGUUCGAGUUUGUCAGGAUACCUUUUGGGCUACGCAACUCCGCCCAAACUUUUCAACGUUUCAUCAGCGAAGCCCUCCGCGAUCUACCGUUCGUUUUUGUCUACGUCGACGAUGUUCUGGUAGCAAGUUCCAGUGAACACGAGCACCUACAACAUUUGCGUCUCAUUUUUGAACGAUUGAGCCAAUUUGGCGUUUUCAUUAAUGUUUCUAAAUGCGUUUUUGGCGCACAGUCGCUGUUUUUCCUAGGACAUCGCGUAGAUGCUUCUGGUUGUCAUCCCAUAGAUUCCAAAGUUUCAGCUAUUCGCGAUUUCCCUACUCCCACUUCUUUUCAACAACUGCGCCGUUUUGUAGGCCUUGUCAAUUUCUAUCGACGUUUCAUCCCUCAUUGUGCUCAAUUAAUGCUACCACUUAAUAACCUUUUACGCGGGAACAACCGUGAGUUUUCUUUUCCUGACACAGCUGUAGAGGCUUUCAAUCGUGCGAGGAAGGCUCUUGCGGAUACAACUGUCCUUGUUCACCCUAUACCUGAUGCCCCACUUUCCAUUGUGGCCGACGCCUCUAAUUUCGCUAUAGGUGCUGCCCUUCAGCAACAGACGCCCACUGGCACCCAGCCCUUGGCUUUCUACUCUGCCAAAUUGACACCCCCACAAACUCGCUAUAGCAAUUUUGGUAGAGAACUGCUUGCAAUUUAUUUAGCCAUUAAGCAUUUUCGUAAUUAUAUUGAGGGCCGAGAUUUUUGUAUUUAUACUGACCACAAGCCUCUUACUUAUGCCCUUUCUACUUCUUCUGACAAGUAUUCACCCCGCGAGGCCCGCCAUCUCGAUUUUAUUUCUCAGUAUACCACCGACAUUCGGUUUCUUAAAGGCCUUUAUAAUCAAGUUGCUGACUGUCUUUCUCGGCCUGGCAUUAAUGCCAUCACCCGCCCUUCCAUCGAUUUGGAGCGCAUGGCAGAACUGUAAAAUCAGCCGACUUUCAGUGACAGCCUUCAACACACUAGUCUUAAACUCGAAGCCAUUCCUCUUUCCAUCACCCCCGGUACAAUCUUAUGUGAGGUAUCGCGCGGUGCCUCCCGACCCGUAGUGCCAAACGGGAUGAGACGAGAUGUUUUUGCCGCGUUGCACAAUCUAGCUCACCCUGGCAUCCGCACUACCCAGCGCCUAGUUAGCGAGCGGUUCGUUUGGCCAAGCAUGAACACUGAUAUCCGCCAGUGGACCCGUUCAUGUUUGGCCUGUCAGAAGGCAAAAGUCGGACGGCACAACAAAGCCCCCAUUGGCACUUUUCUCGCACCCAACGCACGUUUUUCACAUGUUCAUAUCGAUCUGGUAGGUCCCUUUCCAACAUCUCGUGGUUGCAACUACUUACUUACUGCGAUUGACCGAUUUACUCGUUGGCCCAUUGCAACUCCCAUACCUAACAGAACUGCAGAUUCCGUUGCUCAUGCUUUUUUGGAACACUGGAUCUCUCAUUAUGGCGUCCCCUCAACCAUUACCACCGAUCGAGGCCAACAAUUCGAGUUUAGACUUUUUAACAGCCUUACCAACCUCCUCGGAUGUUCUCGCAUACGCUCGACAGCAUACCACCCUUCAUCCAACGGCUUAGUCGAGCGUUUCCACCGGCAACUCAAAGCCUCGCUCCGAGCUCAUGACAACCCUUCCCACUGGAGCGAGCAUCUGCCUUUGGUCAUGCUCGGUAUCCGUACCGCACUCAAGCCCGACUUGGAGUGUUCCGCUGCCGAACUUGUCUACGGUACUACCCUACGGAUUCCAGGUGAUUUUUUCGGGUACUCUCAAAGCUCAGCCGACUUGGAUCCCAGCGAUUAUGUGCAAAGAUUGCGCCAAGCCAUGACUCAUCUUCGAGCCACUCCUCCACGUCCUUCAACAAGUAAGUCAUACGUCGACCCAAACUUACUAACAUGUUCUUUUGUAUUUGUCCGCAUAGAUAGCUUUCGCCGGCCAAUACAACAGCCCUAUGACGGCCUAUUUCGAGUACUAUCGCGCAAGGACAAGUACUUUACAAUUGACCGUGGAGGCCGCACCGACGUGGUUUCAAUCGAUCGCUUGAAGGCGGCAUAUACCGAGCCUCUUCCAACUUCUCCAAUCGAACAACCUCCACUUGGCACAUUGCCACUUGCUAUUUCCCAGACUCCUUUUAUGCCCAAUAACCCCGCGUCUUCCCUUAUCCCACAGACUCCUCCCCUUACGCGCAGCGGUCGUCAUGUCCGUUUUCCCGACCGUUACCAACUUGUACAAUAUGCAUAA